GGGUCACAUCCACCGCGGUGCCAGUCGGUGAGGUACAGAGGGCAGUCGGGAGCGACCCACGGAGGGCCACGCGCAAGCCAGCUCCAGCAUGUUCCUCAAGAUGUUGAAACGCAGAACGUACUCGCUCAUCAAAGACGAGUCUGCGGACAAAUUCAACAACGGCGUGAAGUUGACCAAAUACAAGGCGAUGAGCUUCGUCCAUUCGGCGCCGGGCGGCAUGAAGAAGAACGCUCCUGUACACCUCGGAAGGCCCGCCAUGCCACGACACGAAGGAGCGGUGCGCGGUCGCGUGGCACCGGCAGAAGACGCUGGGGACCGGUUGGAGGCCACCGCUUUGUCAAGUCAACACCCAGAGAUCAGCGGCAGCAGCGGCAUCGGCAGCAUCAGCGGCAAUGGAGACGCUGAAUCUUUUUCUGCCCAAUCCAUUGAAAACGCUGCGCUCGCCCAAGCAAUCGAGCUCCUCUUAGACCAAUGUGGGCCCCUCACCCAGGAGAUAGAGGUCCCAGAAGGUCCGCGCCAGGUGUUCGGUAACCAUCGUCGUGAUCCAGCUCAAGAGGAAGUUGGGCAAAAAUGUAAUGGCGUGGAUCACCGGAUGAAAGCUGUGUGUUCAGAUGAUGUGGAAGUGAGUGUACCAGUGGUUACAUUGCAGUCCACGAACAGUUUAGAAGCACUGGUGGAGGAUGUCAGGGAUUUCACCGCUGCAGGAAAACCUGAAUCUGCAGGUUGUAAGAACAUACAACUGACGUUGAGUUGCCUGUCUGGUCAAACGCUGUGCUGUGUCAAAGACUGCGCUCAUAACGUAGACGCAUCUCCCUGCGCGAACACCGCCAGUCUCGAUGCCUUGCACGACUCGGACAACGAGCACUCCACACUGCAGAUGGCCGUGAGUCAAGAGAGGGAGCUGCCCGCCGCCAUACCCCAGGACGGCGUUCCAACAGCGUCUGGCAAGAAGGCGGUGGCCAGACGACGCUUCUUCAGUGACACCGUCGUCGCAAGCGACGGGCACCGAGUCGGGAAGGCGAAGUCAACGGUGGACGUGGAGCGCGCGCGACACGGCGGCACCGCACGCCCCGGCAGCGGCGACAGCCUUGGCCAGUUUCACCCGGGCCUCCUGCCGGGCCUCCUGCCGGAAGACGACGAGGAAGAGGUGUUUGUGAAGCAUGAGACACGGAGCUCGGUCGCCGAGGUCGCCGAGGUCACCUGCCCGCCAAACUCGUGCCAGGGGAAUUCGUCACCGGUGGAAGGAGGACGGUCUUGGUUCGACGAGCAUCGGGCCCUUGACGAGACGGUGGAAAGCCAAGAGGAUCGCCCAGUCAAGCCGUCCAGGCAGGCAUCGACUCGCCGAGUUACGGGGUUGGAUCACCUGGACCAGCUGUGCUGUCUCAUGGAGAAGAUGGGCCAUCAAAAGGAGGCCAACAAGAGGCUCCAGCAGGAAAACCAGCAGCUUCAGACCGAGCUGCAGGCUCAGAAGUUACAGCAGGAGGCCAUGAGGUCCCGCUGCACAUGCGGAGCGGCCGUGUGGCAGAGGAAGGCAUGGGGCACUGCAAUGCCUGGGCUUUCCUCGCCGGCCCGUCACUCCGUCCACCAGUCCAGCACGACAGUCGCUCGCAUGAGGGUCAACUCCGUGUCGGCCGGGUGGCCGACACGGGAGGCACUCGGAGGGCUGCACCGGCGAAUGGGCUCGCUGAGGGAGGAGCGCACGAGGCUGACACGCGCGCUCACUCUGAGAUCCGACAAACACGGCUGAGAUAGAGCUCCCCCCCCCACGCCUCCUACCGGUCUUCUGCCUGCACACAGGGGUGACGAGCACCUGCCGAGGAUCUCAACCGUGGAGUUGCUUUCUCUUUUGGGGGACAGAAGACGUCUGCACGCAGCGGUGCCACAGCGUCCCGCGACUCCAAGCGACAUUUGACGCGUCGCUCGCAACCGCUCGCCCGCCCCCCUAAAGACAACCUCCGACGUGAAGUCGAUAUUAGGGGAAGGGGAGCGGCAAAGCCGGACUCGGCAGCAGCGAUUGUCUCGCGUAUAGGUCCGCCUCCGUCGCGUAGCUGGGACGAUUUUGGUCAUGUUCAAGUUGGGCCGGUCAGUGUGAAGUCUCCUCUCUGUGUGCGGCAGAUUGGGACGGCGGUGAAGGUUUCUCCUUUGUACGACGCGGCGUGACCACGUGAGGUAUCGCGCGAUUGUACAACCGACGGGCGUGCGAUUUUUUUUACUACGUUCACAGAAUGCGUAUUUGUGCUAUUUAAAACGAAUGCUGCCUUUGAAACAAUUGCAAUUGCGCGCGUUUGCGUGUUUGUUAAAACUGUGACUUUUCGCAACGUGCUGUAUCGACGUUGAUGAUGAAAUAUCCAUCAUAAGCUAACCUUAUAAGCUUAAAUUUUGAUUUAAAGCUUUCGUGACUGCAGUGAUUCAUAUUCUUGGUUCUUUCGGUAAAGUCACGUUGCUUAGUCGCAAAGUUGACGUGAGCGAUUGGAUGGUGGUGGCAGCUAUCAUUGUUGGUGGUCCAGGGCCAUUGAUGUUAAUUAUAUCGUCCGAUGGCAAGAACCAGUCUCAAUCAUAAAGGACGACCGAUGUUGAUGGUGCAGCCUUGUCGGAAGGUGUACAUUUUAUCCAGCACGGAGGGAUAAAAAGGAAAUUUAACUCGGGCUUGUAACUUGGAGAAAUACCCUCAACCGAGUGAGCUCGAACGUAGCUAAUUUCAAAGUGCUGUCCAAACGAGUAUUUGGCAUUGUUCAACAUCCUGCUAACAGCCUUGAGAGCUGGGUUGGGCAUUUCACAUUACCAUGCCAUCUAUAGGCCAACGACUGCCUUCACAGUAGUUCUCAUAUUUUUAUCAACCCCAAACGCGACCACAGGAUGUGCUGGGCCUCCCGCCACAGGGACUUGAAUUUGCAAUCGUCCGGUUGUGGGUUAAGCACUCUUAACUACCGUGUUCGUCGUAAUAACUUAUCGUAUCACAGACCACGUACGAUUUUACUACCAUUUGCUGUAUUCAAGAAUCAGCCACUGGUUGAUAAUUUUUUUACGUUCCAAUUUGCACUAGGGAUUAACUUGGACAUUGUAACUUAACAAUUUAUGGGCAGCAAAUGCCCAUCAUUUUAUGUUGACGGCACUUGAAAAUGUCCAUUUAUGACCAUGGGGUAUUGCAGUAUUGUUAUAUUUUAAAUGCACGGUACUGUAUUUUUGUUGUAAAUAAAGAACUCUGGCAAAUGUCA